GCUGUUGGUCACUCACUCUCCAACAGUGUUGUGAGAGUGAGUGACUGCCCCAGCGGCCUCACCACCGAGGCCCAGCUCUGGGGCCCUGGCUCCGCUGGCUUCCCCUGGCCGCCCUGUCUUGCCUGGGGCCCCGGGCUCUCCUCACCCAGCAGCUUUCCUGCUACCAAGAUGUCUUUGCCACGGACAGUGACCUCCGGGCCGGAGCUGCACAGCCCUGAGGGGGCUGCAAAGAAGCUGCAGACCCCACCAGUGCGGGGAACUUGGCGGGCAAGCAGUGAAGGCACACCCAGCACCCACCGUGAGGACAGUUGGCCCGGCCUGGGCACCCUUCGGCGGGCCUUCUCCCGAACAAGCCAGCAGGCCUCAGGCCAGGCCCCCGAGGAGGACGUGGGCCUGUUCCAACGCAGCUCCCGCUUCCUGUUCCGGUCUUUACGGCGUGCCCAGGAUGAUGGCUCCCCUGCCCACCAGCCCCAGGCCACUGCUGUGCCAGGGGUGAUGACCCAAGGCCCAGAGGUGCCCUCCAGGGUCAUGGAUGGUGGUCGCCGGCAGUCCUCUGCUGGGGUGGGGCGUGAGGAGCUGGAACCUGAGGCAGGCAAAUCUGUGGCCGACCUCAUCACCGAGCGGCGGCUGCUGCCGGCCUUCGAACAGCUGCGGCAGCUGGAGGUGCGGCUCGUGGCCGAGAAGGCCUCGCACACCUUCGAGGAGGACCCCACCGGCUUCGCGCGGCGCGCCAUGGACGUGUGCCUGCACUACGACGGGCUGGCGGCCGAGAUCGGCGCCAUCGUGCGCGAGACGCUGGGCCCCGACGCCGAGGCCGAGGGCGCAUCGGGCCUCGCCCAGCUUCUGGCCGAGCUCGGCCACUUGGUUCGCAGCGACCUGCACAAGGUGCGGCGGGAGGUGCAGCCGGCUUACUCGGCCGCCGGCCUCCCGGCGUGGGAAGCCUACCUGCGCGCCUUCCACGGCGCGGUGGCCCAGCGCCUGCAGGAGCUCGCGCAGGACGCCCGGGGCUGCGAGCAGCUCUAUGUCCUGCUGGACUGGGCGGCCAAUGUCUACGGCAGUCCUGACUUCCUGGGUGCCCCGGACCUGACUCUGUCCACAGAGCCACUACCCCCACUCCUGGCACCUGCCUUGUGGGCCCGCCUGCAGAGUGACUACACCAGCUUCCUAGAGACCAAGAUCACGAGCUGCUUCGAUAGCAUCCUGCAGCUAGAACAGAGUCGUUGGGCGGACGCUAAGGCCCCCGAUGUGCUACAGGGCCUCUACCACACACCGCUAUCCGUUGAUGUCCACAUGCUCGUGGCAGAGCACGUGAAGGCGGCUGGUGCCAUCUCUGCGGAACUGGAGGCCACCACCCUGUGCAUCUGCACGCGGGCGCUCAGCCUCUUCUUGCCCAGGUUUGAAAAGGCUUUUCUAGAGUCGAAGGCAGUGAACGAGCCUCAUCUGGGCGCCAAUAUCAACGCCUGCGAGGAGCUCAGGACCCAUCUUCUGACCAGGUUCCCAGGAACCUUUGAAGAACUGGAGAAACCUCUAGUGGCUGCCACCUGUACCUUCCAGAAGCGGCUGCUCCAGGGCCUGCAGUGUGAUGUGCAACCGCUUUUCAGGGUCCUGUGCACCAAGGCCUGGCUGACACAGGACGUGCUGCAGCCGAUCAUGGACAAGGUGGUGGCCUUUGCCCGCCAUUUGGAGCACGUGGCCCCACUGCGGGCGCAGGAGACUCUGCAGGAGGUGCAUCGGUACGUGGUCCGUGAGUACCUGGCCCAGGUGCUGAGCCCGCGUGAGCGGUUCCGGGGUGAGGAGCGCAUGACUGGCUCCCAGAAGAUGGGCCUCGACAGCCAGGCCAUUGGCGAUACCUUCCAGGGCUUGGGCUCUGAGGCCACGUGGCUGGACCAGGCUAUCCCGUGUGUAGCUGACAUCCUGGGCGAGACUUACAAAGACGACAUCCGGAGGCACCUGGAGACACUCAUCGGGAGCUACCCUGACAUCAGGCGGGACCAUGUGCUGGCCAUUCUGGCUCUGCGCAGACUGGGCCGCCGGCGGAACCAGCGGCUCCUGCAACAUGCCCAGUACCUGCUGAGGGCUGCGGCCGAGGCGGGCGGCUCCGGGGCUGCUGGGGGACACGUGCUCUUCGAAGAGAUCGAGGUGCCUACCUCCAUGGACCUGCUGAUCACCUGCAUCUAAUGCUCCUGGGUCUGACAGGGGGCGGGCUCAGGUGGGGGGCUGCAUCAGCUAAAAGGUCUAAGCCCCAAGCUUGGAGCCCAGGGAGGCACGCUCAGCCCCACUCCCAACCUUGAAGCCCAUCAUAAGGAAUCCUCAUCCUCAGCCCUGCGCGGCUGCUUACCAGAAGGCACGGCAAGAAGAGAGGCAUUUCAGGCAUGUGUGGGGGAGUGCUUGGGGUGGCAGAGGUUCCCUUCGGUACAGCCCACCCCCUGCCUCCCUGCCUAACUGUCCAGCACCACCCCCAGUGUGAAUGUGAAGACCAGAGUAUUUAUUUUUAAAAUAAAGGUGAAUUAAAAUGUG